AGCUUAAGCGCGAAAUCAAGAAGCUACAGAGGCUACGCGAUCAGAUCAAGACAUGGGCUGCAAGCAAUGACAUCAAGGACAAGGCUCCGCUCCUGGAGCAGAGGCGGCUGAUAGAGACGGUUUGUGUUCCCUCGCGUCCUCAACUGGCCGUGCCGAUGAACCGCUCAGGACACUUAUUCGUGGCUCUAGCAAAUGGAAAAAUUCAAGGCUGUUGAGAAGGCUAUGAAGACCAAGGCGUAUUCCAAGGAAGGGUUAUCGGCCGCUGCGAAGCUCGACCCCAAGGAGCAGGCUAAGAUGGAGGCGAGCGAGUUCCUUAGCAACAUGGUCGACGAGCUGGAGCAGCAAAUUGAGACUCUCGAGGCCGAGGGUGAAUCAAUACAGGCAACCAUGAAGAAGGGGAAGGGCCACGCCGCCAAGGCGGAGCGAAUAUCUGAGAUCGAGCGCAUCAUCGAACGGCAUAAAUGGCACCAGGCGAAGCUAGAGCUGAUUCGACGCUCGCUCGAGAACGGAGGCGUCGAGGCAGAACAGGUCAACGAGCUGGAAGAAAGCAUCAAGUACUACGUGUCUGACGGCAUGAACGAGGAUUUCAUGGAGGACGAGGGCUUGUACGACGACCUGAAUCUGCAAGAGGAGGAAGAUGCGUACGGCAUGAACCUGGAUAAUGACAAAGGGUCGUCACAAGAUACCCAAUCCAUACAAGACGACACGGCCGGCGAUGCCGAGGCGAAAGCGGCGGCGGGCACGGCAAAGCAGCGUACAGCGGCAGACGCGGUGGCAGCGUCGGCUGCACGACGGCCCUCAACUCAGCUCAAGUCACCUCUACCGACGCUCGCGACGGUUCACAGUACUCCGCUACAGUCUGCCAGCAAUGCGGGCAGCGUUCCUAUGAAACCGGCGGCACCACCGACAAGGCUCGCGGGCGAGGGUUUGAAGUAUGCCAGCGCGGCGGCAGCAGCGGCGGCAGCCGACAAGAACAAUGUCGGCAUUGCGCCGUUGCCCCCACCGCCGUCAACGACGCCGGGCGUUGGCGUUCCUGCACUACAGCCAGUGCAGGCUAGGACAAGUACAACCAACUCUCCAAGCUCAGUACCUAUACAACCGGCGGUGCAGGAAAAGGCUUCUACCCCGGCCGGUGCUUCCCCAAGCGCGACAACAACAGCGACUCAAUCAAGCAAGGCAGCAUCACGAGGCAAAGCACCAGCACAGGCUGCCGCACCCCAGACUGCCGAGUCAUCAUCAAAAGCGCAAUCAAAUGGGACAGCGAACGGCAUCAGGCCGAUUGAGGAAGAGGAUGAAGAGGAAGAGUCGAUAUACCAUCUCCCUGCGUCCCUGCAUGACCUCGUUGAAUCCUUCGAAAUCACGAGGAAACGCCAGGUGCCGUUGAGCGCACCUGCGACGCAGAGAAUGCAGGCGGCAGCCGAGGCUAGCAAGCCGGGCGCUCUUGACGCCGAACCACCACGAAGCUACUUGCCGGAUGUAAAGUUCCAUUCACAUGCACGGUUUCCGCAAGAACCACUAGCGAUACUCGACGACCCCCGGCUCUAUACCCGGAUCGACCCGGACACGCUCUUCUACGUCUUCUACUACAAGCAGGGCACCUACCAACAGUACCUGGCCGCAAAGGCACUGAAAGACCAGAGCUGGAGAUUUCACAAGCAGUACCAGACGUGGUUUCAACGACACGAGGAGCCAAAAUCGAUUACCGAGGAGUUUGAGCAAGGGACUUAUCGCUUCUUCGAUUACGAGAGCACAUGGUGGGUUCCCCGGCGUCUCUUGGCUGCUAUUUGCAUGCCCACUAACAUGGCGAUAGGAUGAACCGUAGGAAGGCCGACUUUAGGUUCGCCUACAAGUUCCUCGAAGACGAGGUGUGAAGCUUUCUUGUUACCGGGGACGACCAAACUCGUUGGGUUGACCGCGGGGUGAGG